UUCGUCGCAGCCAAACGCUGCCGGUGCCGCUCGGCCUCCUGGCCGUCGCACUCUGCACUUUGCGGUCCGUCAGACAAAGGCUUUGGUGCAGCCGAACCUCCGCCCCAAAACCUCCGUUUCCGCCGCUCCCGGAUGGGUUGGGACGCGCAGCGCCCGCGGUUCGGGGCGGGGGGAAGCCGGAGCAAAGGCCCCCCCCCCCGGCUUCGGCCACGGCAGCGGGGAUGGAAGAGUGGAAGAACCCCGGGCGGCCCAAACCGCAGCCGCUGCCCGCCGGCGGAUGUGCUGGAAAUAGCGCUGGGAUCGGCCGGGGGGGAGCCGGGGGGGCGCGGGGUUCUAUAAAGGCGGUUCGGUUCGGGGCGCCGCAGCGGAGCUGCACCAUGAAGGCCGCGGUUCUGCUGCUCCUCGUGGCGCUGCUCGCGUUCAGCCUCUGCCACGGCGCACCCGACGGCUCCGAUGCUCCCAGCGCUAAAGCUUUCAUCUCCCACCGCGCCAGCGCCGAGAUGGUGCAGAGGCAGAAGAGGAAUUUGGCCCUCGACGGCGGCAUCGCCGGAGCUCCGAGGGACCCCCUGGAGUCCAAACGCGAGGUGUGCGAGCUGAGCCCCGACUGCGACGAGCUGGCGGACCAGAUCGGCUUCCAGGAGGCGUACCGCCGCUUCUACGGCCCCGUCUGAGCCCCUCACCCCCCGGGGCUCCACACCUCCCCCCCCCCUCAGUAAUGCUCCACUUCCCCGCGAAGGACGGACAGAAAUAAAGGCACG